AUGGAAGCCUCCAGAAGAUUGAGCUUGGAACUAUCUCAGGAUAUUAAUGAUAAAUUGAGAGCGAAAAAAUCCGUUGACAAUGAUACUGAAGAGUCGUCAUCCCAAGAUCUCGGAGAACAAACCUCUAAGCUUGAAUCUUCAUUAUCUUCCCGAGAUGACGAUGGCGAAGAAAGUGCCGAUACUUACCAACAACUAUGGACCAAAACAGUCUUGAACAUCGCUUAUGCCGUUUUGAUUUUUGCUGCCUUUGUUGAAUCAUUUGCCGGUGACUCGACUUCUGGGUUAGCAUCGUAUGCGACCUCCAAUUUCAACGCACAUACAUUAAUUUCUACCGCUGCUGUCGUAUACAAGAUCACUGCUAUUAUGUCUUAUCCAGUAUUUGGUAAGUUGCAUUAUUGGCUUGGAAAAAGCUCGGGGUUUGGGCUUUCGGUGUUGAUUUACACUUUGUCGUACGUGAUGUACGCUGCCUGUCGCAAUGCCCAAACUUAUGUUUGUGCUGAAAUCCUUUAUGCGGUUGGGAAAAUCGGAUACCGUGUCUUCCAACAAGUUUUCAUCGCCGAUACCACUUCUUUGAUCAACCGUGGGUUCUGGUCACAAUUCCCUGAUGCGAUUGCCACGGUGCCUGCUUUAUACGUCGGGUCGGUUAUCCAAGACAGCAUCAUUGACCAUUCCACUUGGAGAUGGGGUUACGGGAUCUGGGCCAUCAUCAUGUUUUUCUCAUGUUGUGUUUUGACUUUGGUGAUGUUUUAUUUGGAUCAUUUACACAAAGUUAAGGCUAAGCAACUCGGAACUCAAGUGAAGAAACAAUCAUUCACCAAAGUAUUGCUCGAAGGUAGCAAAGGAUCCGACAACAUUUUCAAGAAGAUUUAUUACGUGUUAUUCAUCAAGCUUGAUUUAUUUGGCGGGCUUUUGAUGCUUACCGGGAUGACCUUGUUCUUCGUUCCAUUGACACUUACCGGUGCUAAAAGUACUUAUAAAUGGCACGAACCUAAAUUGAUUGCCAUGCUCGUGGUGGGUGGGGUUUUGUUUAUUGCCUUUUUAGUGUGGAACUCCAAGGUUGCCAGAUAUCCAUUUAUCCAACACAAUGCCUUUACUCAUGCCCCAACAAUGAUUGCAUGUAUUAUUGCGGCUUUGGACUUUUGUGAGAAUUCUGCUUAUUCUCAAUACAUGAAGACCGUAUUGCAAGUUUCCAAAUACGUUAGUGUCGGAGAAGCGGUGAGAAUCGAUGAUUCCAAAAAAGCCUGUGUCCAAGUAUUUGGGGUGGUUGCGGGGAUUCUUAUGAAAUACACUAAAAGAUCCAAGAUUUUUGUUUUGACUUCCAUCCCAUUAUUGUUCCUUGGGCAUGCCUUAUUGGUUCACUUCAUCAACACCAACGAUGGGGAAGCCGGAGUGGCUAACCGUGGGUACCUUUACAUGGCUGAAGUAUUCAUUGGGGCCGGAAGAGGGAUUUACCAAUGUGCUUUGCAAGUUAUCAUUCAAGGGAUGGCCGGUAAGCAAAACUUUGCGAUGUCCACGGCAUUCUUCUUGUUGUUCAACUCGGUUGGCUCCUUGAUCGGGACUUGUAUUGCCGGAGGCAUUUGGAAUACCGUGGUGUUGAAUAAACUUGAGAAGUACUUACCUGCUGCCGAAAAAUCCGCGGCUAAAAAGAUUUAUAAAUCUCUCACUGUUGCGUUGAAGUUCAAAAAGGGGACGGUGCAAAGAAUUGCCAUUGCUCGUGCUUAUAGAGAAACCCAGCAACUUAUUGGUUGGGUCACUUUGGGGGUGAUCGUUCCAAUGUUGAUUUUGAUGUGGUUUGUUGAUGACAUCAAGUUGACUGAUAAGCUUGAUGUGUAUGAAGGUGAAGAGCAAAAGGAAAAAGAAGAAAAGGAGAAAGAUUUAAAGGUUGUUGGAAAGAUGGAAAAUAAUUGA